UAUCCUGGAAACAUUACACGACUACAACUACGCUGCAUACUAUCUUUUAUGUAGACAAUCUAAUUAAAAGUAGGCUAGAGAGUGCUGUUACUGGAAUGCAUUGGAAAGUAGGAAUAAUUCAAAAUUAUAAAUACAAUUCUAUUCAUUUUUGUGUUUGAUUAAAGUAGUUAAGUAACAUUUUUUUUGCGCUAAUUCACUUUGAAUAGGUAUCUGUGUGUAUAUAGUUAUAUUUAUAUUGGUCCUAAUCCUGCAAGGGUUUAAGCUUAUGGUGGAUGCUACUAUGGAAAUAGUGCCAUUGAUUUACCAUAUCCUUUUAAGUGUUUGCAGAACUGGAGUCAUAGCAACUUCCAUAGUGGGAUUAGUCUGUACUUCAGUACAUAUUUGGGUUUCUUUUCUUUAACAUUUUUACUCUAUGUAUCAAAAUUCUGAUGACUGGACCGAGCAUAUUCGUGUGCUGAGGAUUCUGACUGAAAUGUUUCUGCCUCAUAUCAACCUUUCAGAAUUAGAGCAAACCUUUUUCUCAAAAGUGUUACCCAAGGCAAUACAAUUAUUUGAUGAUUUGUUGUAUGAAUUAUCCAGUCAAGCCAAAGGACUAACCAGCCAGAACAUAGAAUUAUGCAAAGCGGUGAGGAAUGUUUUACAGACUAUGGUGCAGCUGCUGGAAACUCUGACGGGUUGUGUGCGACAUAUCUGUACCCUGCAGGAGCCUGUGCCUUUAGAGAGUAUCUGUAGCCUUCCCUCUACCAUUCUUUAUGUAAUCAAAAACACAUUUAUGCACUGCAAG